UGACGUCACGAGACACCAGGAAGCUGCUGCACUGCGCGCGCUCUCACUGAGAUCCGAGGAUCCGGAGGAAAAUCACGCGACCACGGGGAGAGAGAAACACGAAAACUCCAACUAUACAUCCAUAAUGCAGCUGAAGCUUCUUUUGACGCUUCCUCUGCAGAAUUGGUCUGAUGGAGCAAAGGCACUCAGCGCAGCUCGGUACAAAAAGAGAACAAUGCGACCAGUAUGCAAACAGCACGGAUCGUACUGGAAAUUUGACACAGGACCAGAGAACUCAAACAGGAGAGAAACCCUUCAAGUGCACCGUGUGUGAGAAGGCAUUUGCAAAGUCAUCAGUUCUUCAGAGACACCAGAGAACACACACAGGAGAGAAACCUUUCAGGUGCACUUUGUGCGGGAAGCCGUUUGCAGUGUCAUCACAUCUUCAAAGACACCAGAGAACACACACAGGAGAGAAACCUUUCAAGUGCACUUUCUGUGAAAAGGCAUUUGCAUGGUCAUCAGGUCUUCAGAUCCACCAGAGAACACAUACAGGAGAGAAACCCUUCAAGUGUAGUGUGUGUGGGAAGGCAUUUUCAACUUCAUCUAGUCUUAAACAACACCAGAGAACACACACAGGAGAGAAAUCCUUCAGGUGCACUCUGUGCGGGAUGCUGUUUGCAGUGUCAUCAAAUCUUAAAACACACAAGAGAACACACACGAGAGAGAAAACUUUCAAGUGCAGUGUCUGUGGGAAGGCAUUUUCAAAAGCAUUUGCUCUUAAAACACACCAAAGAACACACACAGGAGAGAAACCCUUCAAGUGCACUGUGUGUGAGAAGGCAUUUGCACAGUUAUCAGUUCUUCAGAGCCACCAGAGAACACACACAGGAGAGAAACCCUUCAAGUGCAGUGUGUGUGAGAAGGCAUUUUCAGGUUUAUCUGCUUUUAAAUAUCACCAGAAAACACACACAGGAGCUAAACCCUUCAAGUGCACUUUGUGCGGGAAGGCGUUUGUACUGUCAUCACAACUUCAAAGACACCAGAGAACAGGCAGGCAUCAGAAGAUCCCCAAGAAGCCGAGUCUGAAAUCAGCUUGUGAAAGUCAAAGUGCUGCAAUGUGCCCAUCCUUCAUGAAAAAAGAACCACAAGAAAAUCUCAGCUUGGACACUUUAAAAGGUAUCCAGGUGAAAUAUGAAGAGGCGAAGGUGAAAUGUGAAGUGACAGUGAAGAGCGAAGAAGUGAAGGUGAAAUGUGAAGAUGAAUAUUCAACUCCAAAAUUAGACGUUCACAUCGAUGGAGGCAACGUGAAGCAGGAGGAGAAUUCUGACUGUGAGGCAGAGCGAGGCAACUCCCAGCAGUUUGUGAAAGUGGAGGUGUGGGUGGACUUCUUAGAUAAUACAAAGUCAAAAUGAGACCCGGUAGAUGUGGAGUGUAGCAGCGCCGAGUGGUGACCAGGGGUAGCAAUUUUGGGUGUACCCACCCAAAGGGAAAUGAUCCAUCUUGUGGCUCACAGAACCAGCUGAAGGGGGGCGUGGCCAGGGUGGAUCCUGGAAGGAUAAAAGGGGGCGAGAGAGGGAGCUCGAGGCUGUCCGUGGGAGUCAGGGUCGUCUUCUUGUUGCUGCUGUCUUCGUCAUCACUGCCAUCUUUGUCAUCGCUCGACAUCGCCACUGCUAGAUAGUUAACCAGCUAUCUAGUUAGUCAGCGCCGUGGUUGCUAGGCGGUCAGUGUUCUGCUAUGUGCUAGCAAGUGAAACUGUGAGUUAUGAUAAAUAAAUAAAAAGGUGCCUCUACAGUUUAUUGUCUCUGGAGUCGUACACUACAGAUGUGUAAGCUUGAGACAAUGAAGCUCCAAUAGAUUCACUUUUGUCACAGGCCUUUAAUGAAAAUUAAGUGAAGUUGAAUACUUAAUUCCUAGGAUCAACCUGCAGAGUAAGAGCGGCCAGUAUGUGGACCCAUGGGUUGGGUAGAUGUCUAAACAGAAGCGAGAGCCAAUAAGCUCCCAAGCAUUCACUAUGUUAUGAUAAUAAUAUUUGCAUUCAUAUGGUGCUUAAUUCUCCAUAUUAGCGUUUUUUUUGGGUUAGAUCGCGUAAAUAUAAAUGUUUUGUGAAACCCGACACUGCGCGAUUUGUUCUCCAACACCGGUGUGCUGUACUAGUGUGUAAUAACGCCGACUGUUGUCCAGCAACGGCAACUGCGGUGGACAAAUAGUACACAUGCCAGUGAGCAUAUACAUGAGUGUGUCGGCAGGGCAAAGGAACUGGGACAAGGGUUACGGAAGACCCCAUCCGGAAGCCCCUGGAACCUGCUAGUGGGUUCGAGAAGGGAGGUGUGGCCAGGGCAGAGCCAGGCCGCGCUGGGUAGCAUAAAAGCAGCUGAGAGUGGGAGCUCAGGGCUGUCGGUGUCGGGAGUUGGCUCGUCACCGCUAUCAUCUUCGCAGCCUUCGUCGCUGCCGUCUUUGCUAGAUAUUGCGCGGCCGGAUAGUUGUUGGCUGUCUCGGUCAGCGCCAUCGGUGUUACAUGGUCAGGGUUGUGUUUACGCGAGGUUAGACGACUAGGGAGAGUUUGAUGGUGAACCUGUGAAGGUGUUAAUAAAGAAGGUGCCCCCUUAUAAACCUUGUCUCCCUCUACGAUGACACUACAACUGGUGUUAGGAGUGAGGUGAAGAAAUAACCCACCUAUAGUGUCAUCGGAGGAUGGGAAUGGCGAAACAUUAAUCCCUCCUGCAGCCCCGGGACCCUGGUUACGAAGCCUGUUGGCGGAGAGAGAAAUCGGCGUGAGAGCGGCGGCUAAUCGACGAGGGAGGACCCCGUUCCUCCAUGGUCACGUGUGCCGAGCACGCGGCAUGGCCGAGCACCGCUGUGUUGAGGGGAGCGUGGGAUGGCGCAGGAGGCGCGCCACGGUCAGCGACGCGGAAAGGAGUCACGAGGGGACCCUGGCGGCGGUCCUCAUCGGUGCGGGAGAGUGGAGGAGCCUGGGCCGGAAACUGCGCAUGUGGUGGGUGCCAAUUUGCCCGUGGAGGGCUUGGCAAGGUCGGCGGGUGCUAUUUUGCUUAGAGCACAGGACAGCGCUAAAGUCGAUGGCACUGCAAGGGGCAAUUUCUGGCCUAUCGUGCGAUGCCCGUGCGAAAUUUCUCCAGCGGAAGCAAGGGGAAGCCGAGACCCCCUUCCCUUUGUGGGAGGCGCUACUCGUGCUGGGGCGGAAGGCGUACCCCCAGAUUGGUGAGACGGCGCUCGACUCCUUGGCGGCGGAAAGGCUGUUGGCUCUGGCGCGGGUGUCAGGGAUCGUCCUGCCCUUCUCCGAAGGCAUGGGGAUCACGUCCUUGAAGGUGGCCCAGGAAAUUCAGGGCCACGAGGCCCGCCAGCAUUGGCCCAAAGUGGAGGCUUGGUUGUGGCGGGAGGAGGACAUGGUGGCUGUGGUGUGCGGCCUGGGGACGCACGGGAGAUGGUCCCCGCGCGUGGAUUGGCGACCGGGGAAGCCCCCUUUGCCCUGCCAUGGCAGGAGAGACCAGUGUCAAGGACCAGCUUACUUGAGUUACGUUCUGGUAAAGGUGGACUCUCCCUUGUAAGGUGGGAUUCGGGGGAGUUGUGUAUGCUUGGGUUGCGUUAUCGGUUCGCGGGGGGGGGGGGGGGGCGUCGCGGUUGUGUGGUCCCUGAAGGGGUUCUUACCCCUGUCAUGGUUGCGCUGCGUAUUGUCAGUUUGUGGGGGGCACCGUGGGUUGUCCUUUUUGUUGGCGGUCCGCAGGGGGCGCUGAGGUUGUGCUAUGUGUUUACGGUUUGCGGGAGAUGCUGCAGUUGUAUUGAAUGGUCGCGGGAAGUGUUGCAACCAAGGUUUUUUUUUGUGGUGAAUUUUUUUUCGUGUUGGUGGUGUUUCUCGGAGUUGGGGGUUGCUCUUCCUGUCCACCGGUUGCAGAUGCUGGAUGUCAGCCAACUGUUGUCCAGCAACGGUAACUGCAGUGGACAAACAGUACACACACCUGUAAGCAUAUACACAAGUGUGUCGGCACGGCGGAAGAACUGGGGCAAGGGUCAUGGAAGACCCUAUCUGGAAGCCCCUGGAACCUGCUAGUGAGUUCGAGAAGAAGGGCGUGACCAGGGUGGAGCCAGGCCACGCUGGGUAGCAUAAAAGCAGCUGAGAGCGGGAGCUCAGCGCUGCCGGUUCUGGGAGUGGGCUCGUCUCGUCGUCGCUGUCACCUUCACUGCCUUCGUCGCUGCCGUCUUUGCUAGAUAUUGCGCGGCCGGAUAGUUGUUGGCUGUCUCGGUCAACGCCAUCGGUGUUACACGGUCAGGGUUGUGUUUAGGUUAGGCUAGAUGACUAGAGAUAAUGCAUUAAUAUUUAUGCGAUCUAAGCCAAAAAACCUAUUGGAUGAUAUUGGUCGCGAAAGCCUACGUGUUAAACUUGCUUAAUUGCCUCGGCAAUUUGGAGUUUUGUAUCAUAUCUCAUCACGAACACUCAAAGAGCACCCCCAAGUGGGAGCUGCCUCUGUGUGGCAUAAGGUGGCCCAGCACCAGCUGCAUGUGGACAUGAGUCUGUCAGUAGGGGGCGAUUAUUGGUGUAAUCUCCGUUUGUGUAAUUUCUGGAUAUUUGGAUUUAACCAAAUUUUGACAAUGACACUAACAUGCAAUGACCUACGUGUUUUGAAUAACACAAUAGUAUGUUUUACAUCCACUGGUGCAUAUUUUAGUUAAUAUUACUGUGAAUCGCUGUAUGUGUGUACGUCGAUAUAUGUGUGUGUAACUCCAUGUGUGUGUAUCUAAAGUGCAUGUCUAUGCGUGUGUGAGUCCAUAUGUGUGUGUGUGUCAGUCCAUAGGUGUCUGUGUUAGUCGCUUUGUGUGCAUGGCUCCAUGUCAGUCAGUGCAAGUCCAUUUCUUUGCGUGUCUGUAGGUCCACGUGUGCGUGUGAGUGAAUGUAUGUGCUUUAUUGACCUGCUCAAGGCCUAUGAUACCAUCAGUAGGCCUGGCCUCUGGGUUGUUCUUCAUGCUUUCGGAGUCCCUCAAAUUUAGCUCACGAUCCUUAAAGACCUUUAUGAUGGUGAGCGGCCCCGCUUCAAACUACGUGGCCGUCAGUCAGAGCCAUUCCCUCUACACCUUGGGGUGUGACAGGGAUGUCCUCUGGCUACACAUUAUUUAACAUAUCUUUUGACCACGUAGUUCGUGAAGCCUUCAAUAGCUGUACCCGAGGAAUUACCAUAAGAUACAAUGGGAGGCUGAUCGAUGCCCGUGUGCGCUCAAGGGAUGCCUCCCUAUUGCUCAACCAUGAUAUGUAUGCCCAUGCUCUGGUGAUUGCUGCUCACUGCUGCUGAACCUGGAGCUUGCCACUAAGAGGUGGGGCCUUACCAUCAGCCCAAACAAAACUAAGCACCUGCCUGGGUAUUUUGUACCAUCGGACAAUCCACCCCCACAACUCACAAUUGCUGAUGCGGCAGUUGUGGAGAGAUCGGAGAGAUUUCCAUACCUGGCCAGUGUGCUCAUGACCGACUCCGGUUUAACAGCAGAGGUCUCACUCCAAAUCAGUCGAGCGCUAUUCUCUUUUCAUCGGCUGCGUUACGCUGUGUGGAAGCUACCUGCUCUCUCGCUGCGCAUGAAGCUCCAGGUCUUCUCGGCCAUGGUCAUUCCCCUCCCUUCUCUGCGCUUGUGAAGCACGCACCCCCCUAAUGGAACAUCUUCACCGGUUACAAACAUUUAGGCUGGCCUGCUAACGAUCUAUCCUGGGUUUAACCAUGUGUGUGUGCGUCUAAGUCGAUGUGUUUCUAUGUGUGUGGGUCGAUGUCUGUGUCUAAGUCCAUGUGUGUGUCUGCCUUUUUCGCCCGAGCAACGCCGGGUACUUACCGCUAGUAUUAUUAUAACCACCAGGCUUUGACAAUACCUUACUAUCUGUGUAUGUAUAUGUAAGGUUUUUAAGAGAAGUUUUGAAAUGUUAUAAAACGUGUUGCCUCCAAGAAGCCUCGCUCUCCCUCUGUACCCACUACAUAUGCAUUGUCUUUGAAACUGAUUGGUUCACAUCAGAGACAGCUUUCUCUUGAGCCUAGGCUCAGAGACACCUUUCUCUUUCGCCUACGUGACUUUACCGAAGGAACCAAAGAUAAUGCAAUUAUCAGAGUACGUUUCUUUUUGCAUUCUGACCACAAGCAUUGUGGUUAAUGCAGACAUGAUUCCUUGUAAAAGGUUUCAGUUGGUGUUUUAACAUCUUAACACCUGUUUUGUUGCCAGAAAAAAAAGGUAAAACCUAUUCUCAAUAAUAACAAUAUCACGUUUCGAUCGCAACACAAGCAAUCGUCUUCUUUUUUCACCUGAAGACGAUUGCUUGUGUUGCGAUCGAAACGUCGUGAUAUUGUUAUAUUAUUUUGAUUAUUUUUUUCUAUCUACGUGGCUUUACAGAAAGACCCAAAGAAUAUGACUUCCUGCAGUCACGAAAGCUUUAAGUCAAAUCAGGAUUUUUACUGGAACGGAAUCUGCAGUGACCAACCAGACGUGACAUCACGCUCUAAAACACGGUGGAGGGGGGUUGGGGAAGAAUACCUUGGUGACAUGACGUCACUAGCGAGGUACACCUUCAGGCGUCUCACCGAUGAGGCAAUGCAGACUGGUGACGUCAGAGCGAGAAAGCAGGGUUUGAGUUUAAGUUUACAGUAUUUAUAUUCCUUUUCCAUUGCUGCCUCUUGAACAGAGACCCCUUGGGUGCGUGAGCUCAACAACAACGUGAACAUUAUUUUGUGUACACACUGUAGAGUGUGUGCACAAACUGUGUGUAUACAGUGUGUCCACUGUGUCUGUACACUGUUGGCACAGUAGGGGAUACAGGUGGUGCAUCGGCCAGUCAUCUCAGUCGGCCCAUGGCACCUGAGUCUGCCCUGUGACCUCCUGCC